AUGUCAAAACAUGCAUGGAUGGUACAUUCAUUGUUAAUAAGCUGGUACUCGGUACACUUCACUACCGAGAGCACUAUGUUAAAUGUCUUGUUAAUGAUAACCAUCAUCAUAAGGGCAAUUUCACCUGUCAAACCCUUGAAAUGCAGAUUGAAUAUUUCUUCUGAUGAUAAACAAUAUAUCGAAGAGAUCAUGAAGGACAUACCUGAGCAUGCACCUAUGAAGGCCACUAUACAAGAAAUAUAUAGGAAAGCCACGGGAAAAAAUAAAGUGCAAAAGUGCGUGAACAGAAACGGAGCAUUUUGUACGAGCAUGCACAUCUAUAGCGAGAAAGAUGAAGGAGAAAAGCUUUCUUUACAAGGAUGUGAUGAGUCAUAUCAAUGUCCGGAGAAUAAUUGUAAUGAAUUUACACGUCCAAAAUCCAAAUAUUCAAUUAGCUACUGCUGUUGCAACUCGGAUCUCUGCAACUCUACAUUACAACUAGAAUUGAUCUCUGUUAUUUUUAUUGUCUUGUUAGCUCUAUGCUAAACCUCUAAUCGA